AUGUCCUUGAUCCAUCGCCGCACCACCGAACCUACCCGAAAGAUAAUCGAUGCGACCAAAGCAGAGGGGAAGAAACGAGAAGAAGAUGAAUUGCUCUGUCGAGGUCAUAUUCUAAAUACUUUGACUGAUCGGUUGUAUGAUUUGUACUCCAAUCUGACAUCUCCAAGGGAAAUCUGGACGGCGUUGCAGACUACAUAUGAAAAUGAGAAACGAGGUAUCGAUAAAUUCCUAUCCUUGCAGUAUUUCGAAUUUAAGAUGAUAGAUACAAAUCCUAUAAUGGAUCAGAUUCAUGAAUUACAAAUCUUGGUACCAAAAUUAAGCGACCUUGAAGUAAAAAUUCCUGAUGCACUUCAAAUAGGUGCAAUUCUUUCGAAACUGCCUUCUUCCUGGAAUAACUAUAGAAAGAAAAUUCUGCAUUCUACUGACAAAUUGACUGUGGAACAAUUUCGAACUCACCUUCAAAUUGAAAGUGAGACUCGUGCUCGUGAUGCGGUUGUUCAAGCCUCUAGUUCCAUAGUUAAUGUUGUUAGAGUUAAUGGAAAAUCUAGAAAUUCAGAGAAGGUAGAUGCAGUUGAAAGCUCUUCAAAAGGGCUGGUUGCUAUGAUUUCUACUAUACCAAGUGAAAUGGUUAAAGAGUUGAACAUGGCUACUACAACCACAAAGAAUCAAGACCGGUGGUUGGAUUCUGGUGCAACAAUUCAUGUCUGUCAUGACAAGAAUAUGUUCAAGACUUAUUCGGAAGUUAAAGAUUCUGAAAAGGUGUUGAUGGGAAACCAUGUUACAGCCGAAGUUGAAGGGAAAGGAACAGUUGAAAUCAACUUCACAUCUGGACAGAAGCUGACUCUUCUUAACGUGUUCCAUGUUCCUCAAAAAUGA